UACAACGCUCGAAAGAAAGCUUCUGAUGGCUCUUCACAGCUCGCUCCUGGUUCCAGUAGCGUUAGAAGCACGCAAACCACUCUUUCUGACUCAUCAAAUUUUGCUAGCAUGUCGGCUAUGGAGUUAUUAAAGAGCAUCAUUGAGCUCAACCAAGACCCUGCAAUUGAAAACAUGCUUAUAGCUCUUUCGGAGAAGAUCCCCAAGGAAUUCUCAGAUUUCCUAGAGGGUGACAAACGCGAGCGAAGCAUAGUUAUUGCAGGGCUUGAUGAGGCACAAGGCGAACUCCGCCCAUCAGAACGUCAAUCGGACCUUGAGGGCAAAGUGUUCAAGACCGAAAGGAGCGCCGUGGAGGUGGAGUUUGCUGUCUGA